ACAGAUGCUACAUUCAGGAGAGGAAACGGAAAAGUCGAAACCUCGUUGAAGGAUUUCUCAUUCCGAACCCCCGAGUCGGCAGAAAGAACCCACACUUCUUUGACAAACCGCGCCUUCAAUACUCCGAGAACUGCGAGGGCUUUUUUUCCCGCCACUUUCUUGUUCCACAUUUUCUCCAGCUGUUUGCAUCUGGCAGCAAGAACCCGCCCUGUUCGGGAUCCGGGGACCGAGAGGCAUCGGAGGGGCACGGAGAUGUCACCCCAACCUCCGCAGGGCGGGUGGAACAUGCGCAAGUUUUUCACCACUUUCUGGGGCAUCAUCCGGGUGGUCCAGAUUCUCUUCGGAGCCGGAUUGUGGAUAACCAUCGCCACCAACAAAUACGAGGGCUCCAUCCACUUCGUGCUGUUGGUGGCCGUGCUCUUCUGGCUCCUGACGCUGGCCCUCUUCUUCAUCACGCUCCUGAACAAGCAGGACCUGGUUCCGCUGCUGGGAGGCGAGAGAUGGUUGUGCACCAACCUGACGCACGACGUGGCCGCCGCCGUCCUUUACCUGCCCGCCCUCGCCGUCAUGAUCUAUAAGACGGAUCGGAACUCCUACUGCAACCUGGAGCAGUACCCCCACCCGUGCCUGUACAAGGUCUACCUGGUGGCCUCCACGUUCGCCUGCCUCGGCUGCCUCGCCUAUCUGCUCUCGGUGGUCCACGGCGCCUGCAGGAAACACCGAGGAGAACAAACGGUGGUCUAACGCGCCCAGCAGGGGGCGACGGCGUCUCAAUCAGGGAGGGAGCGGGUUCACCCACAGCAAGAUGAGGAAUAGUUACCUUCACUGUAGUUUGUAUGUUGACACCAAACUUGUUCGAGUGGUGAUUCAUUUUGUGCUCUUACCAAAGAACCUUUUUUUUAAGAAAUAACGAGACAAAGCGUUCGAUACUUGGACAUUACUCCUCAGAGUUUAUUCAUUUUAAUGCACACGUUGUCCUGUAGCUUACGUAUGGCAACUUUGUAUGGUGUUUCUAUUAUUAUUUUG